GCUAUUUAGGAGCAGAAAUACGCUCGCUUCGUUCGCAAGCGCAUCGGUCUCUACCCCUUCUGCUGCUGCGUGAGUGGCUCAGUGAGAGAUCUUUCCAGCGGGCAGCCUGGAGAGUUCUCCUUCCGGAAAAAGCGGCACGCGAUAUCUCUUGCCUGCGCUUGGUUGUUGUGUCGAUUCGCACGAGACGCUGCCGACUCGAGUCGGUCCGAACGUGAACUCAUUUUUAGAACGAGAUCAACGCCAACCCGGCUUCCAUCAUGUCGAUGUGGUUUGUUGUGAGCAUUCCGAAGACGGAGGGCAAAGCACAUCAGAAGAUCGACAACAAAUUCCGCCAGACUACCAUACACUUCAAUGAAACCAAUCGGAACAAUAACAACUUGAACAAUAAUAAUAACAACAAUAACGUUGUCGCCAUAAGCCAGCAUAAACAGGCUCUCCGAGAAACUCUAGCUCAUCUGGAAAUCAAAGAUGCCGUGUGGUGCACAUCGCCCGCAGAUGAUUUCUAUCAAGUUUAUUUCGGAGUGGAAACUUCGGAUGAGACUGACAUGGUACUGCGACUCUUGACUGCCCGAGGGAUCGGAACGGACGAGAGAAGCACCGUGGCGUGUAUGCCUUGUGCAAUAUUUUACCGCGGAGAGGGCGACAACUCGAAAUUCAUCGAAAACAACGAUGACGUGUUCGAGGAAAAGAAGAAAACUGGUUUCAAGAAUGCUCAGGAGAAGUUUCUCAAGUCCGUGACCGCUCGCCUCACAGUCGCUCAGGUGGUCGAAGGUGUCCGAGCCGCUGGAGAGUUGAAUUUCGAUUUCGUCGCCCUGAUCCUCCUCGCCGGGAUGAUCGCAGCUCUGGGAUUGAUGGAUAACUCUGUGGUUUCCAUCAUUGCUGCCAUGCUGGUGUCCCCGCUCAUGGGUCCGAUUAUGGCGAUAACUUUCGGGAUCAUCAUUCAUGAUUACAAGCUCGUCAGGACAGGGCUGAAAACCGAGCUCGUCGGGCUAUUGCUCUGCCUGAGUUUCGGCUUUUGCUUCGGCAUAACAAUGGCUUACUUUGGGGACGAGCGAGGCGCCCUCGCCUGGGGUCCGAACACUUGGCCCAAUUCCGAACAGAGCGCUAGAGGUCAAUGGAGAUCCCUGUGGGUGGGUGCAUUAGUCGCGCUGCCAUCCGGAGGAGGUGUUGCGAUGGCGAUCUUGGGCGGAAACUCGGCUUGUCUUGUAGGAGUAGCUAUUUCCGCUUCGCUCCUACCACCGUCAAUUAAUUGCGGGACGUUGUGGUCCUUGGCGCUGAUGAAAGUGAUAAAAGCGUCGGCGCAAGAACCGAUCACGAUGCUGGUGACGCUCCCGCGAACGAAUAUUACGGUCGAACGGGUAACUUACCCGGCGUUCAAAGCUCAUCCAGGAUUCGAGGCGUAUUAUUUCGACAAUGCCAACAUGCACAAGGAGUGUGCCGUCAUGGCCAUAAUUUCCUUCUGUUUGACUCUAGUCAACAUCAUGUGCAUCAUCAUCGCCGGCUCAUUAUUUCUGAAGAUCAAAGAAGUCGCUCCAGAGAAGUCGCUACCAGACACCGAACGUUUCUGGAAGCAUGAUAUCAGAGUCGCCCGGGAAUACAACCGGAGGAACACCACGUUCGGAUCAUCCGGCGACAUGGCUCAAACCGUGUUGUCGGAAUGGGCGACGGUGGCUGGCAUUGAUCCCAAGCUCAUGAGCUCCGAUGAUCCGAAAGCUCGCUUGUCUCAGCUACAAACGCUACAGGAUAUCCUCAUGGAUGCGGAGGAUGACGAUGUCUUCCAGACUGUGACCAACAAAAUGGGCAACAUGGGUGGCGGAGAUCCAGUGAGAAGAUUGUCGAGAGCAGUGCUACCUCAACUCCCGCGAUCUUCCCAGAGCGAUACUGUGCACUCUACGGGCGGCUACGAGAGGCGACCCAGCAUACUUGUCGGUAACAUGCUGCAAGGGUAUGGCAGACGAAUGAGUCGCAUGGAUAACGCUUGCUACACGAACCCGGAGUUCGCAACAAGGACGUCAGAGCCGCCUAUCCCACUUCAAGACCGACGAAGAUCGUCCGUCGCCAGAACCAUAAACUUGAGUCAUUGGCCGACCCAAUCCCAACAACAGCGGCCCCAAUCCGAAGGUGACGGGCGAAGCCGUUUGGGCACACACCGGAGUGUGCCUCCGGUGCGGGAAGAAGAUUCAGAUGUCUACAGCCAUAUUUGAGUGCAGCCGGGAACGCUCCCCUCGAUGUGACGACACCCGAUCUCCUCCUGGUCCCAGAAUGAUCGAAACAUGCCAGCAACACCCUCGUUCUCGAAAAAGUUCCGCGCGUAUUCAUCCCGGACGCCGGAGUGUGAGCUGAAGGAACGAAGUAACUCUUCCAAAUCCACGAAUCGCUCAACAUCCCGCUCCCUACCGCUCGGAUAAUCAAAUUUGAUACGCGAGAUCCGAUUUGCGUUUCAUCAAUCACGAAGCUUCACUUGUGCCUUAACAUGUGUGGUCGUGUACUCUCCUAGAAUAUGUACAUCAUGCGAUUCUGAAA